GGAACUCCUUCCUCACUUAUAAUAGUCCCUACUAUCAUCGAUGCGUCCUUAAACUGGCCGACCUAUAUACCCGCCUUUGAGGCCCGCGCCAAAGAGUCUCAACUCGCCGGGUUAGAAGUCCACGCUCGCGACGACACCUCGGACCCGCUCCGUCCCACGCGCGUCCGCCGCGCCCCCGACGCCUUCACGCCUCUCAACGGGCCUACCGAUGUGCCCCUCCGCGCACUCAAGCAAGUCCUUUCCGGCUCGCGCGUGCUCACGAACGCCCAGCGCCUCGCGAGCGGGCUGCCCCCGCCUAACCCGCGGCGCAACCUCCAACGCGUGCACGCUCCACGGACGUCGCCCACCACAUGCACAGACCCGACGGGCACGCUGAAGAUGACUAUCGCGACCUCGGGCGCCCUGCGUGGUACGGUGUCGGAGACGGCGAACGAGUAUGGGGAGUAUGGUUUGGGGCCGCAGGGCACGUCGCCCUUGGAGGUCGUGCUGCGCCGAUGCGGGAAACACAGCGGGGUGCCGUUCGAGAUUGAGACGCUGAACGGUCUCGCUGACUUCACGUUUUUCGGCGGCAUCGUCGGGUUCACGAGCUCGGACGACAACAUCAGCGACGCGAACGCGAACUACGUCUACAUCGGCGGCACCACCGAAGUCUCCCCCGGACCCGCACAAGCCGCCCCAAACGCAUACACCGCCGCCUCCGGCACACCACGCGACGUUGAGUCCGCACUAUGGACGCUCGGCGCCGACGGCGCGCUCAUCAUGAACUGGGUCAACGCGGAGGGCACGCUGGCGCAGGGCGCGCACAUCGUGUACGUCGAGCAUGCGGAUGCGCUCACGCUCACGGGAAACGUCGAGCUGUUCCGCGAGCAGUUUGGGCCUGCGCAGGAGGUGGUGCUCACAUUCGUCCCGAACACGGGGAACUCGCUCUAGUUGUAGGGCGUAUUGUACGUCUUCUGGUUGCGCCUAUGCGCGAUAUACGGACUACGUCUGCGAAUUAUGCUACGUCCUGUGCCCCAGCAACG